AUGAAGCUGGCUGGGAGCUACUGCUUCCUGUUGGCUCUGUGCGUCUUCCUUGCGGACCACUUCUCUUUCGCCCAACCUACUGGUGGCCGGGUACCAUCAGCACCUCGAUAUGGCCUAGCAAGAUUCGCUGAGGAGGACGUCAAGGACACGGGCGUCGGACAUGUACAUCCGAUCCCUGAAGACGAACAUCAAGUUGAAGAAGAGCUGGUUGAGGUGCUCGAGACCGAUGAGCUGACCACUGUUGUGGGAGACAUCGAGCUCGGUGAUCUGCUAUGUGACAGCCUUGAGGAUGCUUCAGACUCUAGCCUGUUGCGAUUCACGAUCAGCUCUACGGAGACGGUGAUAGCUGAGCGCACCUCCUACUCGUCCAUUGACGGCAGCAUUCUGCCGGACGGAAACACGCGCAAGACUUUCCUCCUGAAGCUCGUGUCACGAAACUCAGACGGCAGCACCUCUAUCGUCACAUCCGUACCGUGCUCCGCCGGAUCCAGCAGCGAAAUUUGCAUGGUGGAGCUCGAAAAGUUCUUCUACGACGAAAGCGACGCUGUGGACACCGCACAAUCCUCUUCGUCAAGCUCCACUUCGAAUUACCAAGGCUCUCGGAUGCUAAAGGAACGACGUGUGUCGACGACCUACACGAAGGAGGGAUCGCAUCGGUCGCAAGACAUACCAAGCGAUCGCAGCCUGCAGGGCACAACAGUGGUAUGCUCUUUAACCCGAGAGCCAAGCGUAGAUCAAGAAGAGUCGAAGUGAAGUAGUUUUGUUGACGAAAACCCUAUCCCCGCGAGAGAUACCGGCAGUUGCUCACGUGGACGCGAAGAUCGCCGGAACCUCGAAAGCGGGUGCAGCUGUACGUACGUGCCUGGUAGCAGCCUCUUCGAUAGUCUAUCAAUGCUCGAAAGAUGAUUCGCUUCAC